GACCGGCUGCACCAUGUCGAAGGUUUCCUUUAAGAUCACACUGACGCUGGACCCGCAGCUGCCGUACAAAGUACUCAGUGUUCCUGAAAGUACACCUUUUACAGCAGUCUUAAAGUUUGCAGCAGAAGAAUUUAAAGUUCCUGCAGCAACAGGUGCAAUUAUUACCAAUGAUGGAAUAGGAAUAAAUCUUGCACAGACUGCUGGAAAUGGUUUUCUAAAGCACGGUUCAGAACUGGGAAUAAUUCCUAGAGAUUGUGUCGGAAGUUGUUAA